AGUAUUGGUCUGUUGGCAAGCUGACGACAGGAAACAAAUAUUAGGAGUUAUUUAUUUAUCGUUGCCAUAUUCAUUGUUUCAUUUCACUAAUUUAUUAGAUUUUUCAAAAAGACACCUCUAUUGUGUACUACAAAUGCCAGCGGCUGAUUUUCUAAGGGAAGUUAAUCGGUUGCUCUAAUUUCAUUCCGUAUUACUUCGUUCAACCGUCGACUCGUUAUGGCCCUCUCAAAAACAAACGCCGAUCCUGUAAAUUCCUUGUCAAGUGGUAGUAAUUCGCUGACAUGGAAAAGUUGUAGCUAUUGCCUCAAUAAGACAUUCAAAACCUCGGCAGAAUUCACAAAGCACUUGAGAGACAACCAUUGUAGUCAGGAAGGGGGCUCAUUUGUUUGCCGUUAUGGGUACAAUGGUGUCUGUACGUCAUUACCUGUUGAAGGGGUAAGUGACAAGGACUAUGAAGAUCAUGUAACAAAACACCACACAAAAUCUCAGGAUGGAGGAAAAGAAUUAGGCAUUUUGUGUGGAAUGACCCCGUCUCCACUUCAAGGACAUCUCUACAGGCUAAGUCUGUUGUCUGAUGGACCUGCCUGGAAUGUCAAUGCAGCAUGCCAAAAUAUGGCAGCAAUUUUAAAUGAUCCCAAAAAAGGCAAGCAAAAAGAUUUCUUUACUAGAACAUGGGGAGAUGGCUUUGUUGAAAACACUGUUAUACCUGAAAGCACAUUGCUUCCAAUUGUUGAUGAGGCUUACUUCACACCCUACCUUAAAAAGAUAUGCAAAAGAUACAAAAAGUCUCCGAAAAAAUCUAGUGUAACAUCAACUAUUGAAGAUAUUCCAACAAGAUCAAUACCCAAGUCUCUUGAUGUGAAUGAGGGUGACCUGAGUGCUAUUCCACAAGCAUUUUUGCAGCCUACUUUUAACCUCAGCCAACCAGAUACGUUCCUCAAAGUAUUCCCGUUCAUUCGAGAAUCGGGAUUGUCGCAUGUUUUGGGGACCGGGAAAACCCUCCAGGAGAAAUUAAGCUAUUACCUUGACUUGAUUGAGAUGCAAAUAGCUCAUCAAAUAUCACACAAGUCAGACGACUUUUUUCAGGCAGUUGCUUCGCAUGAUGCUGUACGCGAAGAACUGGGCAAAGCGCUAACGGCAGUUAAAGCACUAAGACUUAAAGUCAAACACGUUGAUGUCACACAUGUUCAAGGAUCUUUAAAAGUUUUACAGUGCCAAGUUGCCCGACAGAAUUACGCGAUGGUUUAUCGUAAACUAAAACUAAUGGCGACAGUACACCAAACUCAGCCGACAAUACAGCUUCUUCUUUCAACAUCGGAUUUCGUCGGUGCAUUAGAUCUUAUCAGUACCACGCAAGAGGUUGUCCAGCAAGAACUGAUGAGCGUUCACUCUUUCCGCUAUCUAAGUUCGCAGUUAAAAGAAAUGGAAAAUUUAAUCGAAAGUUUGCUAUCAAAUGAGUUUGAACGACUCACUACUGCCGAGCUUAAUCGACCCCUCAACGAAGACAUACUAGUUACAGAAGAAGAUAGGUUGACUUCUGUUUUAUACGGAAUGUUACGGCAGAGACGUUACAACUUUAUUGAGCUAUUCAAAGACGAAGGCUUGACUGCCAUGAAAGCCUUGAUGAAACAAACUAUAGUUGAAGCUCUUGCGGCGAACGACACCGAUGUCGAAAGAGGUUCCAUGCUCUUCGAGCAGCUCAAACAUUUGAACUUUGUAUCUUGGACCAAUUUGAUGCAACGGUGUAUGACUAGUUUAGUUUCUUUACUUAAUCGGAUUCAAGCAAUUCAUGAUAUCAUGGCCCAUGUACUUGCCACAGAAACUAGUCGCCAAGACGAGGUUGUGGUAACAGAAGAUGAUCGUCAAAGGCUUCAACAGUCAUUAAAAGAAAUGCUAGAAUCACUUUGUGAUUCGGCUCAUGACCAAUGCGGACGUCUGUUGUCCUCACGUACGAAAGAUGGAGCGUUGUUGGAAAGAGUCUCAUCCCAAGAAUUUGUGGCUCUUGCGAAGUUAAUUGAGGCUUUCGUCUUGGAUUGUCAAAAGAUAAGUGGACACAAAGCCAUCGGUUUGAAAUUGGCGUUUCAGGGACAAGCUACACGUUUCGUUCAAAAAUUCCACGAAGAGCGGCGCUCUAAAUUAGGAGCUGUCUUGGACAGUGAACGCUGGAGGCAAGCCGAAAUAACCCCUGAUAUCCAAGAAACCGUCGACUGCUUCUUUCGUUCUGUUACCUGUCCCGAAAGCCGACCAGUUUCCAACGUGGAAGAAGAUCGGAAAGACAAGAUCAUAGUCAAUGGUGAAUCGUACGUAGUGGUAGGCGCAGCUCUAUUCUUUCUGCCUCAACUACUUGAGUACUGCAAUUGCGUGGACAACCUUCCUACUGCGGCUCCGGAUUUGCUCACUCGUUUGGUAGAGUUAUUGAAAACCUUCAAUUCACGUACCUGCCAGUUAGUGCUUGGAGCUGGUGCACUUCCUUUGGUCGGGUUGAAAACGAUUUCAAGUCGCAAUUUAGCGUUAGCAUCUCGCAGUCUACAGUUGAUUGCUUUAUUCAUUCCAUUACUGAAGGACCACUUCAAGGAGAGACUUGCACCGAAACAGAAAACAAUGAUCAAACAUUUUGAUCAAGCCCAUAAGGACUUCACCGAUCACAUAGCGGAAAUUGAAAGCAAAUUACUCACCCUCUUAAUUGAGAUGGCGGAAAGCCAUCUCUCUACAUGGGAGAUUAAACCUCCAGUCCCAUCCGUUGCUUUUCGGGCGAUAAGCAAGCAAAUGGCUAAACUGCAUGAAGCUAUCAACCCCAUCUGGCCAAGCCAUGAUGUCCAAAACUUCUACAGUAAAUUCAACGUAUCACUUAAAAAGUCAUUGCAGCACCAUAUAGCGAAGCACGGUGUUCAAAACAACGGUGGUCCACAGCACGGAUUGGUGACUUCUGAGCUGAUAUUUUACGUUUCAAGUCUGAAAUCCUUAAAUGUUUUGCGUGAUGACGAGACCGUAGAAGUGUUCUCGAAAGAUCUGUGGAAUAUUUUGCGAUGAUUUGAUCUCCAUAGGAGUUUGAAUUUCUUGCUCUCCACAGUUCUGUUGCCAUCGACCAAAUUGAGCAACUUGAAUUGGAACUUUUUGGUAGCCAAUUCACCCUUCGAUUGUAUAGCCAAGGAGUGCAGCUUUGAGCAAAGGACAAAAAGAGCAAGCUAAAGUGUUUCUAGUCGCCUUUCUUUUACUUGUUUUGCUUAUCGGAAUUCAAUCAAAAAUUAAUUGAAUUCUUUACGUUGCACGAGAAAAUGUACUAUUUUGCAGCGGGAUGACGAAUGAAGACCGUCAACGCUACGCUGGAAAUAUUGGUUCCGGCUGACAUUUUGUCCCGGCCAAAUAUUUUUGUGGCAAGAAAAAAACUGUUUCAAGUCACUCGAUUUAGUAGUUUUAUCAUAGUUGGGAUUGCAAAGAGAGACGAUUAUAUCUGUAUAAAAUAUCCACAGCGUUGAAUGGAACAUCGCUGUCAAAGAAACUACAAUUGUUUUUAACCAAUUUUCUAAUACUAUACAAUUUCAUAUCAAAUAAAAAGAUAAACAUUAAU